AUCGGAUCGCUUGUGUGGAGCAGGGAUUGUAAACGCAGCAGGGAGACGUCUUCCGUGGGUCGGGAUCCAGGAUCCAGCCUCGGAACCUCGGUCCCAGAUCCCAGGAUUUAGUCUCCGAGUUGAUCCGGGCCGUGAGCUCCCGGUUCUGUGCUCCCGGCUCCAGAUCGAAGUCGGACUUGAGCCGCUGGAAUCCAUCUCCGCGCUGGUUACGUCUCGAGGACCCAGCCCCAGCAGGGCUCAGGGUUCAAACUGAAGGCUCCGUCCGAUAUCCCUCCUCCAGUAUCAGACCUGCAACAGGUUCUGUGCUCGCGGCUCUUGGAGGCCGCAGUUCCCGGGCCCUGGAGCCCGGGACCCGCUCGCAUCCCGAGUCCCCGCGCGGCCAUGUGAGGCGGGGGGGGGGCCCUGAGCCGAGCCGCGGCCUUGCCCGCCCGGGCCGUCCCCCAUGAUUUCCCGCAGGAUUUUGCGCAAGCGCUGGCUCCUGUCCGUGGUGCUGGGCGCCUCCCUCAUCUACUUCCUCAAGAACACCAUCCGGCAGGCGCAGGAUGAGCUGACGGGGAAGGAGCGGUCCCUGCUGCAGGCGCAGGACCCCCAGCGCCGCCUCGACUGGCGCGUCCGCUUCACGCCCCACAACGGCAGCGGCGCGGGGGGGCCUCCGGGCCGGUGCCGCAACUCGGUGCAGGGACGCAUGCUGCUCACGGACGAGAGAGGCUUCGUGUGUGAGCGGCGUGCGGUGCUGCCGAGCGGCUGCUGUAACGACAGUGCGCCUGGCAGCGCGCAGUACAGCUGCCAGGGCUGUCAGCCCAAUGGCUGCUGCAGCAUCUAUGAGCACUGCGUGUCCUGCUGCCUGCAGCCUGAACAGGCUGUGCUCGAGCGCUUCCUCGGCCACGCGGCAGCUGCAUUCCAGAACCUCUUUCUGGCGGUGCGCGACCACUUUGAGCUAUGUCUCGCCAAGUGCCGCACAUCCUCACAGAGUGUGCAGCAUGAGAACACGUACCGUGACCCUCGCGCCAAGUACUGCUACGGGGAGGACCCCCCCGAGCUGCUGCCAGUGUGAGCCCGGCACCACCUCAUCUGCUAUCUCCUUGCUGGAGCCCACCCCUCCAACGAGCAACAGGUUGUGGCAACGCUGAUGGUCUCCAUCUAUCUCCUUGAGUCUCCACAAGUCUCCGUGUGUCUCCAGGGAUCUGGUGGCGAUAAAGAAACUAGCACCAGGAAAAACGUUCCAUGGUCAUAACUGCAAAUUGUCACACUCCGCAACUAUCCCACCUUCCAUUCCCCCUGCUUGCCAUGCCCAUCGCGGUUGUUGAUGCUGUAUUUAUAAUUAAAUUAUGCACAAUGUAUAAAAAACAACCCUGCCCCAAUGAGCCCUGUAUUGGCACGAUGUCACGCUCUACGUGGGUAUGAGCGGUGUGUAAAUAAGCUAACGUCAAUAAAGUGUUUGUGUUCUU